CAUUACGUUAACACACGAAAAGUAUUCAUACGAAAUAUUCAUUAAAACGUAUAACUUCUGCUCUUUUUAUCUUUUCUCUCGCAAACACUUUAUUCUGCUCUCUUCUUACUCGGUAUUUGUUUUGUUUUCGGCUCUUGUUUUUUUGUUUUUUUUAUGGAUUUAUUACCGAAAACUAAUGCUACCUUUGGAUUUAUGCUUGCGCUCAGUUGUACCGCAGCUGCGUUACUUUUGCCCAAAAGGCAAAUUCACCUGCCACGAUCUUUCCUGCAUAUCGAUCGUGCAUCGCUGUGAUGGAACAACAGACUGCCCAAACGAUCGCGCCGAUGAGGAAGGCUGUCCUUGCCUCUACGACCGUUGGAUGUGCGACGAUGGCACUUGCCUUCCCAAAGAUGUGCGCUGCAAUGGCAACAUUGAUUGCCCCAACGAUGUUUCGGACGAGCGAAAUUGUAAUGGUGAGCAAAAUGAAUUGCUAUUGAAAGCAUUUGGAUUUUACAGAAAGUUUUGAGGUGGCUUUAGGAAUUUUAA